UGUUUUAUUUUUUUUUUCAUGUUUGUUUCUCCACAAAUGUGAUUGUAUAAAUGUUUGCAGAGAGAACCCCGGCAGCAGCAAGUUAAACAUUCUUUCUGUGGCGCUUUUCCCUCUCCCCUUGCCCUCUCUCAUCUCACUCUGUUUCCUUUUGAUUAUUUUCACACCAGCCUCCAUUUGGCAGAGUUUGGCUGCUAUCGUUUCAGAGCCUGAGGUGACAAAAGGAGCGAGAGUCCGAUUGUUUGUCAGCUUUGCUCCCCGGGCUAUAAUCCUGUCAUCCAGCACCCUCCUAAAUCAGCUGAAAACCAUUCAAUCGGCUGUAAGUUAGCUCUUUUAACUCUCAUGAAGCCAGUUGGCGACUGUAUCAGUCAAUAGGCUUGAAGGUUAAUCAUGUCUACAUUCAGCUGGUUCCUCUGUCAGUCAGUUCGGUGACUGAUGUGACUACUGAAAGCCAAAAUCUGAUCAGAAACGUCUUUUUUUAAAGCGUUUUAACGAUCCGGUGAGUCAACAUCAAAUAAACCACACAGAGUCACCCUGACGAAUGAAAUUUUGAAAAUCCAAUUCAUGCUUUUUUAUUUCAUGGUUACUUAGUCUGUGCCUGCUGUUGUGUUCUCUGUGUGUGAAGAAUUGUUCAUACGCCCAGAAUAUUUUAUUUUGCUCACUUAGGAAAGGGCCAGGCAGCUGUGUGUGUGUAUGAGUGUGUAUGUCUUUAUUAGAUGUGUUUUUCUUUGCUUGAAAAUGUCAAAUUCUACAAAAGAUGCUGACUAAGAAUUGCCAGACCAGCUAAGAAGAGUCACACUAACCAGGUAAAUUAAGUUUUAACUAAACCUAAAGCUGGCCGUGAUUUCAGAUUCUCACCAAGACUUUUUAAUUCAAUUUCUACAUUUCCAGAAAGAACAAACAACUCGUGUUCAGCACCAAAAUUCGCCCACAUUAGCAUCAGCAAAUGUUUUUUAUUGUCGAAGUGUGGCGUCAUAAGAGCUGCUGCAUGAUGCAAAAUGAGGUGUUCAAUGACCAGAAAAAGCUGUUUUUUAUGGCGCUCAGUGAAUUACGUCACUGUGGGGGAAUUCCACCAUGUUUUUCAGUGUUGGGACUUUAGUAAUAGCGACUUUGAAGGGAUACUUAGCAACUUUUUCAUAUUUGAAAAUGAUUUUCUUGAGCCAGUGUGUGAUAAAAUGACCUUUUUCAGUGUUAAUGAAAGGCCACAGCACCUAUCGCCCCUGUGGCCAUAAUAUUCCACUUGCAACUUCAGACUAGCUGCUGUUUUAGACUGAACAUACCUGGCGCUGCAGUCUGGUUGCAGCACGUUUUCUGCAUGUUUUAGAUCAUGAACACAGCUGAUGUGUUUCAUUUAGUGAUGAAUCACUCCUGUAGACACGUAGGAAGGCUGGUGAGACAUUUCAGCUGUUAGUUUAGAUUGGGGCAGCAGUAGCUCAACAGGUUGAGCGGGUUGUCCAGUAAUCAGAAGGUUGCAGGUUCGAUCCUGGCUCCGGACAGAGAAUUCUGCUGUUGUGUCCUUGGGCAAGACAUUUAACCCACCUUGCCUGCUGGUGGUGGUCAGAGGGACCGGUGGCGCCUGUGCUCGGCAGCCUCGCCUCUGUCAGCGCGCCGCAGGGCAGCUGUGGCUAUAUCGUAGCUCAUCACUAUCAGUGUGUGAAUGUGUGUGUGAAUGGAUGAAUGAUGUACUGUAGUGUAAAGCACUUUGGAGUCCUUACUCUGAGAGGCACUAUACAAGUGCGGGUCAUUUAUCAUUUAUCACUGAGGUGUUAAAAAGACAAACACGCCGCAAGAUGAUAGAUUUUGGUUUUACAAACGUACACAAAGGGGUCCUAAAAUGGGCAAAUGCAUGCUCAAAUUAAGGUGUAUUCAUUCAGUCUUAGUCUUCUCUUUAGCAUGCAUUCAGUUUGUGUUUGCAUGUAUCUGAACCAGGAGCCCAUAGGAGCAGCAAUUAGUGUGUUUGUGUUCUGAAUCAUCUGUUAGAGGAGCGUGGAGGAGAAAAGGGCUGACUGCCAAGUAAAUCAGCCACCUCAGCCGGAGAAAAUUCAGAAAUGGUUAUGAUUGUCGACUGGAUUCACAAUUUUAGUCAAAUGACAUAAUGUGCCUAUUUAAAAGUAGAGUGAGGAUUGUGUGUGAAGUCGCAGAAAACAGUGUGAGUGAGCAGAGUGAGUGAGAUAAAAGCCAGGAGAAGAGCAGUAAGAAAAGCCAUAAAGAUAUUAAAUAAAAGUCCUCAAAUUUAACAUCUUAAAGUUGUUAUAAGGACUACACUUGGAUAUUGUGAAGCAGGUGCGAGAGUGUUGCAGAGCAGGGGCGGCGUUAGGCCCGGCUACUUGGGCUGAAGCCCCGGAUGUUUAGUGAAAAGCCCCGGAUCUCAAACGCGGAAGUAACAUGCAGUACCAAAGUCCAACAGAGAGGGAGCAGCUGGCAGUAGUUUGUUUACAGCCUGCCUGAGCCUCCACCACUGAAGAAGAAGCCCUUCAGCAGCCGGCUUCUUCUACACUCUGCCUGAAACGCAUGAGUGAAGAUGGACAUAAGGACGUUUUUUAGACCAAAAGUACAACGACAGAACCCCAGCUUUGAUGAGACUGGUGUUGACUCAGGUUUGUGAGUCUAAUUUGAAAAUAUUUGUUGUGCUGCUGGUUUGCCUAAAGUUAGCUUACUAUCAGGUAACGUGGUUGGAGAAAGAAAGGGAAUAUUUACUAUCGUCUCACACUAAACACUAACAGGAACAAUACUCUGCCCUGAAUAUGCUUAAUGUGUAGCUUCAGAUUAAAAAUUAUGUGGUACAAGACAUAUAUGAUGUUGACUAGUGAGAGUCACGUGUGUGUGUGUGUGCGUGCAUGCAUGCGUGCGUGUGUGUGUGUGUGUGUGUGUGCGCGCGCGUGCGUGUGUGUGUGUGUGUGUUAAGCCCGGGAUGUUCUUCAGUCCUUAAUCCGCCCCUGUUGCAGAGAAACAAAUGAGUUCUGAGAGGAUUUGCAUUGUCACCAGAGCCGUUUCAAGACAUUUGAGGGUCCAAAGCUAAAUCAACAUGGCGGGGGCUCCCACCCCUUGUACUUAAAGGAUCCACAGCAUAGACACAUUACGUUCACCUAAACGUUAUAUAAAUUAAGUAGAGUUGGGACAGUGAAGACACUGUUUACAUAUGCUUACUGCACCUAUAAUGCUGCACCUUUGGUAAUGUUUACAUUUGAACAUUUGCAACAACCUCACCACUAUCCCAUUAAAAAAACAUAAACAAAUGUGUAUUAAAAUCUCCCUAUUAAACUAUUAAAGGGGCAGCAUACUGAGCUUUCACAGUUGUGCUUAUUUAUUAAACAGCCAUUGUCUGGAGGCCCCUGGCCAACUCAGGGCCCCCAGACAAUUGCCUUGUUGCAACGGGCCUGGUUGUCAAUGUAGGUUCAGAACCAAAAAGCACCAAAACACAAAACAAAUAUUACAUUAAACAUUUUUUGCAGAUACAAAAAAUAAUUAUAUUAAUAGGAACAGAAAUUAGCAAUGGAGCUAGCUGACUCUCACACUUCCAGCUGAGUGUGUGGCUCUGGUUAUGAGAUCAUACCAUUUUAGACAGAAUAAAUGCAAUUCUUUUUGGUUACAGAUAUUUUUAAAAAAGAAGAAUCCCCUUUAUGUUUAUGUUUAUUUAUUUGGCAGACGCUUUUAUUCAAAGCGACUUACAAUUUAUAACCUAUAGGGCAUGUUGUGGUCUGUGGGGGAAACCGGAAUACCCGGAGGAAACCCACGCAUGCAUGGGGAGAACACGCAACUCCACGCAGAAAGGCCGCAGCCGAGCCGAGUUUCCAACCUGCAACCUUCGUGCUGCGAGGCAACAGUGCUAACCACUGCGCCACCAUGCAGCUACUCCCACUGUGACUAGCUAUAAGCUUGCCUGUCUAAUCUACAUUUUCUCAAACUGAGGCUGUUCAGAAGAGCGCUCUAUGCCCAUUUCCGUUUGUGCCUUUGUCCGUGUAAUGUUAAAAUAGCACAUGAUGUCUGCUCCAAAACAGACUUGUAAAAAAGCAACGUUUCAAAGGAAAUUUCUGUUGGGACUUUGUUGAAUCUGCAAAGAUUUCAAUCAGCAUGCCUACGAUUUUUUUCGGUGAAAACCCUAUAGAUAUAAUUUUCCUUUUGAGUGGAUUUAACGAUUUGUGUGGUGUGUGUGUAGCUCUCAGACGCAGUGAGAAAAGAGGAGAAAGGGAAAGGAACAGAGAAAUAAUGGGAGGUGAGGUGGAGAGAAUGAAGGCAGGAGAGGCAGAUGGAAAUAAAUGGUCCGUACAAAAGCAAUUCUGUCAGCAGCCCUGAGUGGGGAGAAACAGAGGCAUAGUGGGAAUGGAGGAGGUGCAAGAAAUAGAUGUUUGGUUUGGAUUCACCACUAACCUAAAUGGACUUGUUUUGCUGCAGGUCUGGAGGUGGAAUAAGGAACAUUCUCAUCUGAGGGUGAAACCUGGUAAACCAAAUCAACCAACAGAUUUAGAACUAAAAUACUGGUCGGGCCACGUGGCGUAACAAAUAAGGAGUGAUUUCAAAUUCUGCCAAAUUAUGCAACUGAUUUUUUUAGAUUUUAUUAAUAAACUAUUUAUAAACUAGACAGAUGUUUUAGUUACGACAGUGCUUUUAAAGUGCAGGAAUGGCACAAGGACCAGAUGCGACUUUGAGGGCUAGAUGUGGUGUGAGAACGACAAACAGGGUCAGCGGCGGUCCACUUACCCUAUAAGAGUGGGAAUGAAAAAUGCCAGGAGCUUAAAAAAGAAGUGAUUCAAUCAGGAAAAGGAAAGGAAAGCAGUGGAAGAUGGCUGUUAUUAGCCCCGGCUGAAAAGAAAAUUGAAAGUUAGACAAUGAAAAAGACUGGAAGGGGGAAAUAGUCUGUAUUUAAAAGUUUGGAAAGGAAAUAAAUCAUUUUUCACUUUAAAACUGGAAUUUCGUGCAUUGAUUAAUUGGAUGAAAUGUUUUUAUUCUUUUAUUUUGUUAAAGGUUUUGAUUAUUACUCAUUUUAAUUUCAAAAAGGCUGAUUUCUGAAAGAGGAAACGAACAUUGCUGCCCAAACUGAAGCUUCCUGAAAUGAUCUUGUUUUGUUUAUGAACUAAAGUUAACUAACUGUCACUCACUGUCAAAAUCUUUCCCUGCUGCUCUCAAAGCAACAUUUCAUGAUCAUUAACAGCGGCUUUGUUUUGCUUGUCUUCUGUUCCAGGGGUCCGAUGGGGAGUCCCAAACCAGGCGUGCAACAAGGAGGGCAUGGAGGAGGAGGAAUGGGUGGAAUGGCAGGAGGAGGAAUGGGUGGAGGAGGGAUGGGUGGGAUGGGUGGAGGAGGAAUGGGUGGAGGAGGGAUGGGGGGAAUGGGAGCAGGCAUGGGUACUGGUGGGGGAAUAGGGUCCAGAGCUGGAGAACCAUACCGGCUGGCCGCUCACGACAGCCCGACCUCCCCUCGACACAUGCAGGCCAGCCAGGGGUCUGGCAUGGGGCAGGGCCCGGGAUCUGGACACGGGAUGGGUCACGCUCCAGCUGGGUCCGGCAUGGGAGGCCACGGGGGUCAAAGUCCCGGUCAGCAUGCCUCCCGUCGAAACCUCCAGGUAGACUUCAGCAGUUCAAGUGGCUCUCGCACAGGCCGGUCUCCCUCUGUGUCCCCUGACCGCGGUGUGACACCCACCUCACCCUACUCCCUGCCACAGAUCGCUCCCAUGCCGAGCAGCAAACUGUGUCCGGUGUGCACCACCACCGAGCUGUCCAACCCCCCGGCUGUACCCAACUACAACACCUGCACCCAGUGUAAGGCCACGGUGUGCAACCAGUGUGGAUUCAACCCCAACCCUCACCUUACUGAGGUUCAAGAAUGGUUGUGUCUCAAUUGUCAAAUGCAGCGAGCUCUUGGCAUUGAUAUGACCACGCCUCGCUCUAAGAGCCAACAGCAGAUUCACUCUCCGUCGCACCAAGCCAAACCCAUUGUCCAGCCUCAGCAGCCUGCAGCACAGCCAACACAGCCAGCAGCACAGCCCAAACCGUUGGCUCAGAGUCAGUCGCCCCAGCGGCAGCAUCAGCAGCAGCAACCUCAAUCUCAGCCUUACGGCCAGAAUCAACCCUACUCCCAGUCCCAGGCCUACUCCCAAUCCCAACCACAUUCCCAGGCCCAGCCGUACUCCCAAUCCCAACCACAUUCCCAGGCCCAGCCUUACUCCCAAUCCCAACCACAUUCCCAGGCCCAGCCAUACUCCCAUUCCCAACCACAUUUUCAGGGCCAGCCAUACUCCCAAGCCCAACCACAUUCCCAGGCCCAGCCAUACUCCCAGGCCCAAUCGUAUUCCCAGGCCCAGCCAUACUCCCAGAACCAGCCAUAUUCCCAAGCCCAACCAUAUUCCCAGGUUCAGCCGUAUCCUCUAUCUCACCCUCAGCCUUACCCUUCAUCGCAACACGGGCCUCAGGCACAGCCUCAACCCUCUCAAGGCUUGCAGACACAUCCGGGCAUGCACUCUACGACAGGGCCCUCUCAGCAGGGUGUGAAGUCUGACCAAUCCUCUCAGAGAGGUAUUGGAGCUGCAGGGGGGGCAGGAGGCCCCAGUCAGCCUGGAGGUCCUCGGAUUCCCCACCCUGGUGCUGUACCUCUCCCUGGUUUGACAAAGGCACCCUCCCAGCCUGAUUUGGGUCAUGGUUCUCCAAUGCAUCAGUCUGUGUCAAGGCACCAUGACCAGACCAGGAGUGCUGGGUCCUCCCCGGCCCACAAACCUCAGAGUCAGAUCCCACCCCCUGCCCAGGAUGGUCUGACCAAACUGUUUGGCUUUGGGGCAUCACUGCUCAAUCAGGCAAGUACCCUGAUCAAUGUUGAUCCUCUACCCACAGCCUCCACACAGCCAAGCUCCGUGCGAGGGAAGGUGGUAUUCAGCAAUGCAACUUCUGACAAGCAGCAGCAACAAGGGAGGGCCAGCACCAAGCCUUUCAUUAUGGGAGGUCCCAAUGUACCAAGUCAAAUGGGAGGUACUCGUGCACCAAGUCAAAUGGGAGGUCCUCAUGCACCAAGUCAAAUGGGAGGUCCUCAUGCAUCGAGUCAAAUGGGAGGUCCUCAUGCACCAAGUCAAAUGGGAGGUCCUCAUGCAUCGAGUCAAAUGGGAGGUCCUCAUGCACCAAGUCAAAUGGGAGGUCCUCAUGCAUCGAGUCAAAUGGGAGGUCCUCAUGCAUCGAGUCAAAUGGGAGGUCCUCAUGGUACAAGCCAACAAACUGGUCCUCAUUCAGCAAGUCAAAUGGGGGGUCCUCAGUCAACAAGUAAGCCAGGUGGUCCUCAUGCACCAGGUGACAUAGGAGGUACCAUGGGUGGACCACAUGCACCAACGCAAAAGCAACAGCAGCAGACCAAACAACAAGAGAUGACACAGCAGAAACAUAAAAAAGAGCAGCAGGGACAACAACCCCAGCAAACACCUGCUCAGCAGCAGAAAGCGCUACAGAAGCAGGCGCCAGUGACAGGACCUGUGGUAGCUCCAGAGGCAUUGAAGCCCAAGGUGAACUGUCCUCUUUGUAAAACAGAGUUGAACACCAGCAGCUCCGACCCUCCAAACUACAACACCUGCACCCAGUGUCAGAGCCAAGUGUGUAACCUGUGUGGCUUCAACCCAACGCCGCAUCUGGUUGAGAAAAAAGAGUGGUUAUGUCUCAACUGCCAGACGCAGCGGCUGAUGUCCGGAGGUGGUCUCGACGAUCUUCCUCUUCCCGCACCUCAUCCGUCCCCUAAGCACCAACCAAUGGGCUCGCCCCGUCACCAGACACCAACCAGCCAGCAAAGUCCUCUUCACAAGCCCACCCCCACCGCUCAGCAGGAGCCUAAACCAGCCCAGCCCCACACUCAGAAAACACAGAUGGAAGCUGGUGUUAGUGGACCAUUCGCACCCACAUCUGCCAAACAAUCAGCUGACACCAAGACCACAGCACCAGCUACAGCGCCAACCGCUGAGACCCAGAAGCAGCCAAAACCGACAGAGGAGAAGCCCAAGACUGAGCCUGAGAUCCAAACUGCCAAAGAAACCAAACCUUCUCAGAUUAAAGGAGAGCAGAUUACGCCCAUCAAGGAAAUUAAGAAGUCCAGGCACUAUGAUGAUACAAAAAACAACAGCACCCACGACCUGUCCCGCAGUCCCCAGAGCCUCAGUGACACCGGCUACUCCUCAGAUGGGAUCUCCAGCUCCCACAGUGAAAUCACGGGCCUCAUCCAGGAGGAGGAGAUGAAGCUGAGUGAGAGAGGGAUCAGCGGGCGGGGCUCCCCACCAAGCCCCUCUGAAAUCACCAAACUUGAGAGCUCCAUGAGGCCACUCCUGGAAAAGAGCCUCUCUGAAGAGAAGCCUGAUAGGAGGGGAAGGAAGCACAGGGACAGAGAACAUCGCCCACGUUCACUUUCAAUCCCGCCCGACGCGUAUGACUCUGACGAGGAGUUAGAGGACAUUCUGGAGGAAGAGGAGGAUGGCGGAGACUGGGAGGGGAAACGAAAAGAAGGGAAGGAUGAGAAGAAGGAAAAGAAAAAGAAGGAAAAGGAGGACCCCACAGAGAUGACUGAUGAGGAGUUCAUGAGGAGACAGAUAAUGGAGAUGAGUGCAGAUGAAGAUAAUGAGGAGGAGGACGAAAUGGAGGAAGACGAAGAUGAAGAAGAUGAAGGUUACGGCUACCAGAAACCCAGGAAAAGCCACCACAAGCACAUCCUGUCUGACUCAGGGAAGGAAAAGAGACGCCUUCAACACCACUCGAGCAGUUUCGAGGAGGAAACCAAAAGCUCUACUGAUGUUUAUAAGGGGUCGGUGGAAGAGGGUGAAGAAGAUGUGAUGGCAUCACAAGGCGGGCUGAGGCGCUUCAAAACCAUUGAACUGAACAAUACUAACAGCUACAGCAGAGAUAUGGAGCUGGGCCAUGAAAACGAUUUGAGCCUCGAUAGGGAACCGGAGCUAGAGAUGGAGAGCCUGACUGGAUCUCCGGAAGAACGCUCUGGUCGAGAUUAUUCUUCAACUCUUCCCCCAACUUCAUCAUCAUAUGGCUCAGGACAGUCUCCCACGUCCAUCUCAUCAAUGGAGGAAGACAGCGACAGUAGUCCGAGCAGGAGGCAAAGACUUGAAGAGGCCAAACAGCAGAGGAAGGCCCGGCACCGCUCUCAUGGUCCUCUUCUUCCCACCAUUGAAGACUCUUCAGAAGAGGAUGAGCUAAGGGAGGAAGAAGAACUUUUAAGAGAGCAGGAGAAGAUGAGAGAAGUAGAACAGCAGAGGAUUAGAAGCACAGCACGAAAGACCAAAAGGGAUAAAGAGGAGCUGAGGGCACAGAGGCGUAGAGAGAGAUCCAAAACACCGCCUAGCAAUCUCUCACCAAUCGAAGACGCUUCCCCUACAGAAGAGCUAAGACAAGCAGCAGAAAUGGAAGAACUUCAUCGCUCUUCUGCUUCUGAAUAUUCCCCUCAAAGCCUGGAUUCUGAGGCGGAGGGAUACGAGUCUAAAAUCUAUAAGUCAGGCAGCGAGUACAACCUACCCACUUUUAUGUCCUUGUACUCACCGAUUGAGAAGUCCUCGUCUAUAACAACAGCUACUGCACCCUCAUUGACCUCCAAACCUCUGAAAAGUGCUGAAGAAGUUUAUGAGGAGAUGAUGAAGAAGGCUGAGAUGCUUCAGAAACGAGAAAAACUGCAGCAGCAACAACAGCAUAUAUGGCAUGGGCAGUAUUAUGAGGAGGACAUCAAUGGUCAAAAUUACGACGAUGAGAAUGACUAUGACCAAGAUCAAACCGGAUAUGACAAUGAAGCAGCAGAGACAGAAAAUGACAUUUAUGAGGAAAUCCGACAAACAUCUCAGAACAUCACAAAAAUGCAGCAGGAUACAGAUGAACAAGUAGAGAUUGAAAUUGAGAGCUCUUAUCCAGACAAACAGCUCUUAGACGCAGGCUCGGCCUUUGCUAAGCUACUGGAGCAAAGCAACGCUCUCUUAACUCCAGGGACAAGCCCCACACAGAUCUCAGCUCCUGUUUCUUUUGCAGAGACUGGGGGUCGAAUACCAGAUGUGAGAGUGAGCCAGCACUUCUCUGCAAAAGAUGGGCAUAAAGAUAGAAUCAAAAGCCAAGUGGGGAAAAACGGAAUAACUCCAACAGUGGCUGCUACCACCAUUGCAGCUUAUGGAGUUUACGCCAGAGAAGCAGUAACUCUCUCCCAAACAGGGUCAAGCCACACAACAACGUCUACUCAGUCGGAUGCGGCACGGAGACACACGGGAAGUUUUGCCACAUCCUCAGCAACGGUUUCGAGUGUAUGUAGCAAAAUUGCUGAGAUUACCCAGGCUUACAGUCAAAGAGAAGUGAUCACCAGAAGGGUUGGGGAUGCCAGGGGUGUCCAUGUGCGAGACAGCUCAACAUCUUCCACUGACAGGGUAAUUGAGCCCCGCUCUCCUAAGUAUACUACAUAUUACAGGAGUACAAGCCCUCCUCUUUCUCCGUCACCACCACCUCCACAGAGUCCCACUCGCUCUCCUUCCAGAAGAGCCACAGCAGAGUUCUCUACACAAACCUUCAAUUCUGCAUUGAGAAUGGAGUCAGCUGGUUCUGGGCCUACAUCGCCUGUGAUGGCUCAAGCAACCCAGACGUCGCAUAGAUCAGUUUCCCCAAGGCUGUAUAGACAACAGUCUUCCCAGGAUGCUCCGUACUCCCCACCUCCAUGCCAAAGUAGGCCAGUGACUGUGAACACCGCUACUUCUCCCUUGUCCUCACCAACUCGAUUUAGUCGCCAGUCGACUUUCGAAAGUUACUCCCCGUGUGGCAGCCCACCAGACACACCACCUUACCAACAGUCUCCAACACGCGGCUUUUAUCGAUCACAAAGAGUAGAGAAAGUAAACGUGGGGACGAGUAUGGUCACAACAGCAAGCCUAUACAGCAGAGGGUCAGUGUCAAUGGAUAAUAUCUCUCUCUGCAGAAUAUCUACUGUGCCAGGCACCUCAAGAGUUGAACAGGGAUGUAUGAUCCAGGGUGGGAGUGUUGUGGAUCUCAGAACAGCCACCAAACCAGCUCCUAUCAUUAUGACUGACCAGGGAAUGGAUCUCACCUCCUUAGCUACAGAAAGCAGGAAAUACCAUGGUGGAAUUGAGAGCAGCCGGCACUCAACAAUCAUCCAACCAUUGAUUAUGAACUUAAACACCCAGGAGACUACAACGCCAACCACUGUGAGUGUCACUGUGGCAGCCUCUAUGUUUAUGAUGCAGCCAAGCCAGCCCACACUUUAUGGUGACCUCUAUCAAAGCAGAAUAGAUCUGGGUCAGGGCAUGGGUUCUGCUGUGUGUCUAUCUCCUAAUAAAGCGCCAGUCUCUCCUCCAGUUGACCCAUCGAUACCAAAAAUUGAUGCCAAACUAGAAGACCUCAGUGUUCAACAGAGAGAGCUACAAAAACAACAAGAGAAGCUGCAGAAACAACAAGAACUACUUGAACAACAGCUACAUCAGCAUCAUCAACUGCAGCAACAAUCAUCUGUUUUGACCAAGUACAACCUCACAGGCCCAGUUUCACCUUUUCCCAAAAAAAACUUGCUCGUCAGCCAAACUAGCGCUGCCUCCGUUGUGGUUAGUGCUGUUUCACCUGUUGUUAACCCUGAAUUGUAUGGCUCAAGUCCCAUGGAACUGAAAGGAAGGCCGAGUCCUCCUGGUUUGAUGCCUGGAGCUAAACCGCCACAUAGUAUGGUAGUGCAAAUGGAUGGGGGGCCAGAGCCAAUCAGGGCUGUGACUCAACUGGUGAAAGUGGAAGAAGGACAAGAUGCAGUUGAUCUGACAGAAGGCCAAAUUAAGCCUGACAGUCAGCCAGCUUGCUGUGACGUUGUUUACAGACUUCCAUUUGGAGGAAUUUGUGUUGGUGGUUCUGAGAAAGAGGGCAUUAGGCCACCAUCUGCCCCACCUAUCACCUACGAGGCUGAUCAAGAAAGACAACUAGGAAGGUACCAUGAAUAUCCGAUGGAUGCACGUAAGGCCUACACUUUACCUUACCCUGGUAGGCUCCAGCCUUCAAUGUCUGACACAAACCUUGCUGAUGCCGGAUUACAGUCCUACAUUUCUAAAAUGGAACCACCCCUCCAACCCUCAGGUGACCUUGCAAUGGAUUUAACUGCUAUGAAACAGGGCUAUGGAGGAUAUAUUGGGAUGCAGUAUGGUUCCUACACGGAUUUAAGACAUGGAGGAGACAUUUCAGCACAAACACUACCUAUAAGGAGGUAUAAUUCUUUGUCGAACAUCAGCUCAGAUUAUGGUUAUUCUGCUCGCGACAUUGCUAGCUUCCAAGAAGCUAACUUGGCUCAAUACAGCGCAACAACUGCAAGGGAGAUCAGCCGAAUGUGUGCAGCACUCAACUCUAUGGAUCGGUAUGGAAGCAACCCAGACUUGAUGCAGUUUGGCAGCUUGGGGAGAGGUACUGGUCCAAGUGCCUCCAGACUCGCAGCAGGCCUUGGCUUGAGGCAAAACAUCAUGUUUGGUCUAGAUGGGAAACCACUCUCUCAAAAUCAAGCAUUAACCAAUCUGAUCAAUGCCAGACAGGCAAGUCUUAGAGCAAUGUACCCUGCUGCCAUCAGGUCUUCAGAUGGAAUGAUUUACUCCACCAUUCAGACUCCAAUUGCUUCAACACUUCCUAUUACAACACAGCCUGCUUCUGUACUUCGACCACUACUGCGAGGAGUCUACAGGCCUUAUGCAUUUCCCAACAUGACACCGGUGCCCCUUUCCAGUCUUACCAGAUUACCAAUUAGUCCUAGAAUGCCCAUCGUUGGACAAGCUCCAGUUCGUUACCCAGCACCAGGGCUUCUUCAAACAACUUCAGCCACUGUCACUGUCACUGCAGCUGCAUUAACAUCAGCACCAGUUGUGGCCCUGGCAUCUACUUCUUUGACCACUGCAAGCUCAACAGCCCAGGAUGAACCCGUUUAUCUUGGCAAAGCAGCAGUGACAUCAGCAGAGGUCACUUGUAUACAAGUACCACUUGUUAUGCCAUCUGAACCACAGGAGCAGCCAAUUAACCUGUCCCAGACUCACCUAAGCAGUCAACAACAGCAGCAAAAACAAGUAGCAACGGUUCAACAGCAACAAGCUCCUCCUGCAGCUCAUGCCUACCCACCCCCAGGCCCUGCAAUAACCCAUGGCUACGUCCAGCCGGUGGCAGUCCCAUCAGUCCCAUCUAGUAGCGUGCCCAUUCCAGGUGGUCUUCCCCAGUUUCCUCCACCAGGCGCUAUUCAUAAAGAGGGUGAAACUGAGGCAGAAAGGCUCCACCGACAACAAGAGCAGCUCCUGCAGAUGGAGAGAGAGCGCGUGGAAUUAGAGAAACUUCGGCAGCUCCGUCUGCAAGAGGAGCUGGAGCGUGAAAGAAUUGAGCUGAAGCUGCACAGGGAGAAGGAGCAGGUCCUGGUGCAGAGAGAGUUACAGGAGCUGCAGAGCAUCAAGGAACAGGUGCUACAGCAGCAGCAGCAUGAACGCGAAAAACAACUUGUUCUUCAGCGAGAGCAGCUGGCCCAACAGAAGUCCCAGCUAGACCAGAUCCAGUGUUUACAGAAGCAGCUCCAGCAGCAACUGGAAGAGCAGAAGAGGCAGAAAGCAGCUGCUGUAGCCCAGGGCAUGCAGUUUGACAUGAGCGGACAACCUGUGCACCCGUAUGUGGACUCUCAGCUGGGCUCUCGUUCUCUCCCUAACUCUUCCUCGGAGAUGUGUCUAAGAAUCCAAGACGAGCAAACGGAGGCCAGGGCAGGAAUGAGGAAGCACAGCUCCAUGAGCAGGCUGAGCAGAGACACUAUGGAUGGAGAUGGUGCUACGUUCUACGGUUCUUCCCGUAGGAACGUGGAUAGUUGUGUGCAAACUGAUGACGAAGACGGGGAGGAGAGGUAUAUGAUGCGCCAUCGCACUAGACGGCGUGGUCGCAGCGUCGACUGCUCCGUCCAGACCGAUGAUGACGAAGACAAGAUUGAGCAUCCGGUUCGUCGAAGACGUUCCCGUUUCUCCCGGCACUCUGAGUCCAGUGCAACGGGCAGCAGCACUGCCACCACGACCACCUCGUCUACAGACACCAAAGCUGACACAUCCAAGAUCGUUUCCUCCAGCAUCGCCGUGCAGACGAUCAGAGAAGUCUCUUGCCAGACAGAGGUAGAGCACCUUGGCAGAGUCUCCCCAGCGAUCCACGUGACAAUGCCAGACCCUAACAAAGUAGAGAUUGUGCACUACAUUUCUGGGCCAGAGCGAACGCAAAAGGGACAAUCUCUUGCAUGCCAGACUGACCCAGAAGCGCAGUCACAGGGGGUUGUAGCCCCCCAGCUCAGCGUACCAACAACAGUCAGUCCAUAUUCCUCCUCUAGCAGUACAGGAACACAACAAUCUAGUACAGCAGACCUUCUGGCCCAGCAGCGCCAGCAGCAGCACGUCACCGCAAAUGCAGCCAAAUUUGAGCGCCGCCGCCCCGAUCCACUCGACAUUAACUACCAGCCUCACAACCACCUCCACAACGAGUCCAUCUCCAGCAUCAUCCGGCAGCAGCAGACUGCCCCGAAAUCUCCACAAGUGCUCUAUUCCCCUGUCUCACCAGUGUCCCCUCACCGCCUGCUGGAGACAUCUCUGUCAAGUGAAAGACUGAACAAAGCCCACGUCACACCUCAGCAGAAGUCCUAUACUGCUGAAUCCCCACAGCGGCACCCCUCUAUGCCCCGACCCAUCAAGAGUGCCCAAAGGUCCAUGUCGGAUCCCAAAUCGCUCAGCCCCACCACAGAUGAACACACCAAAGCCAGGCUGACCCUGUAUCAACAACAAGCUCUGCAGAGCCAGCUGGCAGCCUUACAGCAAAGCUCUUUGCUUCGCAAAGUCAAGCGAACCCUGCCCAGCCCUCCUCCAGAAGAGACAGCUACAUCAGCUCACCUAACCAUGAUGACACCGAUCCAGCAACAGCUCUACCUGCCCUCCAUGCCCAGCCUCAAGCCUAGCUCAAGGUCCGGUCUGGCCGCCAAAGCCAGCCUCCUCAAAGAUCUCACUCACGAGCUGAAGGCCGUGGAGCAAGAGUCAACCAAGCUGAGAAAGCAGCAGGCUGAACUGGAGGAGGAAGAGAAAGAAAUUGAUGCUAAGCUGAGAUAUCUAGAACUGGGAAUCCACCAGAGGAAAGAGACUCUGGUGAAAGAAAGAGAAAGAAGGGACAUUGCCUAUUUGAGAUGCAUGGGGGACACCAGGGACUAUAUGUCUGAUAGUGAGUUGAAUAACUUGCGUUUAGCAGCUGCAGCUGCAUCACAUGAGACCAAUGGGCUCCUAACAACGAGACCAAGCACUGCCCCACUUAGCCAGUUUGCCAGUGACCUCAAUACAGCUGCCCAGUACCCACCAACCUCAUCCUUCCUGUCUUGUCAGUAUCCCCAGAGUCAACCAGCAGCACCAUCUCAGCAGUCAAGUGUGCCAUACCAGUCAUCAACAUUCAACCAGCCUCCUUACCCGACAGUGUCACAGUCACAGGCACUGCCACAACCCAUACCCAUUCAGAGCCACGCCCCUCCUCCUGGACCUUCCUAUCAACCUCAAACAUCUUAUCCUUCCCACACCUAUCCCCAAACUCAGCCCCCAUACCCCCAGACAGAUUCGGGGUUACCAACUGCACCUCAGCCUCAGCCUCUUCCAGGACCUGCAGGGUUUGGGCCUGCUCCACCUGGUCAGCCCCCUUACCCCACCCACAGCUCACCCUAUCCCAGUGCUGUGUCCCCCUACCCCAGCCAGACAGCCCCAUACCCUGGGCAGCCCCAAGCUGAUAUCCUGACAGUUCAUUCAGGAAGACCCAGGCAGACUUCGCUAGCUGAACUUGAGCAUAAGAUGCCAACUAACUACGAGAUAAUCAGCAACCCCACGGUUGUGGUCACCACCACAGCUCAAGAUGCUACUUUUUCCAGUGGAGCACCAUCCUAUGGUCAAUACACAGGAACAACAACAAUGGCAAGCACCUAUGGGCCUUAUGGGUCUGCACCUGUGUCUAGCAGCUAUGGUGGUUACUCUACAUUGCCACCUAGCACAUAUGGUCCAUAUACCUCAACCACAGCUACUUCAUAUGGUCUGUAUACCACAACUACUGCUAAUACAUAUGGCUACACCACCACAACAGCCAGCUCUUAUGGACAGUACACUUCUACAGUUUCCAAUGCCUAUGGGCACCCUGUAGACAGUCCUUCUACCUACAGCACGGCAGAUGGGAUGUAUGGGGCUCCUGGCUUAGAGCAAAACAUUCCAAGGAACUACAUGAUGAUUGAUGACGUAAGCGAGCUGACGGCAAAGGAUGGGCUGGGCACAACAACAGGAGACAUGAUGCAUCAUGGCAGCAGUGGACGUUACCCAGGCGACAUCCAUGGCCAUGGCAGCACAACUGGCAGCACGGCGCGUGGGGGAACUGGCAGCUCCCCUUACGGCAGGGCACCUGAGGAGGAAGCAGCGAUGCAGGAUGAGCUGUACGACCAUCAUGGCAGGGGUAAGAGCAGCUACAGGCACGGACCUCUAGGGGGCAGCAGCAGCAGCGUGAGCGCUAGCAUGGGUGGGGGAUCCCCCUAUUACUAUGACUUUGACUACAAACAUGGCAGCCUCCGCUCUGGAGUACAGAAACCUUUGUCAUCCACCAGAAGCCUUCUGGCUCCAGCUGUCAUGUCAUCCAAGCGCAGCAAGCACAGGAAACUGGGGAGUAUGGAGCAGAAAAUCUCAAAGUUUUCCCCUAUUGAGGAGGCUCGAGAUGUGGAGGCAGAUCUGGCCUCCUAUUCCUCGGCAACAGGUGAGGCUUACCCCUCCUCCCACAUUCGCGGGCGCCAGCUGAUCGAGGAUUACGGCUUUAAGAGGAACACGUAUGAGGGCAGCAGUGGCACCAGUCAUAGUGGUCGAUACUAUGGUAUGAUGGUGGAUGAGGACGAUCGAAUUUACUAUACCUCUACUGGUCGCUCUCGUUCCACUGGCUAUGGAAUGGACAAGAUCUCAGCCAGGGAUUACCAUGGGUACCGAAGCCGAUCCUACGAGAGAGACGAUCGAUCCUACAGAUCUGGCUACAGAGGACGUCACCCAACCAGGCAGUACUCUGAGGAGGAGAGUCCACUCAGCCCCUUAAGAAGGUUCAUGGGUUCAGGGCGAUCUUCAAGCUUAGGUCCUGACCCAUAUGACAGCCACAGCAAUAGAUAUCAUUACUGUUAUGGCAAUUAUGGUUCCAGUCACUCGCUGCCAGAUGUUCAAGACCACAUAAGGGACCUUCCACGGACACACGUCUACAAAUCGGACGAUACUUACAUUAUAGACGAUUAUCACUGUGCUGUGUCAGACAGUGAAGCCUACCACUUGGGCCAGGAAGAAACUGAUUGGUUUGAGAAACCACGCUCCAGUUCUCGACACUACGGCAGCAGCCACUCAACUGGAAGGAGUCGACAUGGUGUCAAACACACCUACCAUGAUUAUGAUGAGCCUCCUGAGGAAGACCUGUGGCCGCAGGAUGAUUACAGUCAUGGAGGGCGGCAUUCGUCAUCCCGUGACCACAGGCACCAUGGCAGUUCUAGCCGUCACUCAUCCUCGUCACGUCACUCUGACGAGCCGAGGUCCUCUAGGUCCUCUAAAGCGCACCUCAAGGACCCGACUAUGCGCCAUGACUCCUCUGGACGGUCUUCAUCGACAGGAAGACGUGGUGAUUCACGGUCCGGAGGGUAUCACUCGUCAGACUAUUCGAGAGAUCCUUCGGGGCACCAUCAUGGCCAAAGAUCAUCCAGGCAGGGAGAUCCGCACAGGUCUUCACACAGCAAGUCCCAGGGCCCAGUAGACACGCAGAGCCAACCACCAGGCUCUUCCAGGUCUGGCAGUGGCUCUGGCCGCGUUCAGGGCUCCGCCAUCGGGCCCACAGGGUCAGGGCGACAGGGCGGUCCAGGUUCCCAGACAGAUGGAGCUUUAGGACAGAGGACCCCGCUUCAACAGCAAGCUCAGACUUCAGCAGCCAGACCAGGCCAGCCUGGUACCACGGCGGCCAUCGGCCUCCAGCAGCAGGCUCCAAACCAAGGACAGGGCAUGGGGCAGGUCCAGGCCAAACUGGGUCAGAUGGGACCAGCAGGUGGGCCCAUGGGCCAGAUCAGGCAGGCUGGUCCAGCAGGAGCUACGCCUUCCCCUAUGACUAAGAUUGACACACCUCCAAUGACAGCGAUCGGAGCAAAAGCAGCGCCUGUGAUGGCUUUAAAGACUGGCCAGCCCCCACUUACAGGCAUAGGCUCCAAAGCGGUUCCUAGACCCGGGGGCAUUGGCAGUGCAGCCGCAGGUCAGCCUGGCAUGGAAGGAGAAGGCAUGUUCUCUAAGAUCCUUCCUGGAGGAGCUGCUGAGCAGGCUGGAAAACUGGGAGAAGCUAUCUCUGGUUUUGGGAAGAAGUUUACCUCUUUAUUCUGAGAUGAUGAACUAAAGGAUUAUAAAAACGUCAAAAUGAAGUGAUGAGGCCAUGUACCAGGAAAACCUGUGAAAUUCCCCCUGCUUUUGUUUUACUAAAAAAGAGACGAUAAGGAGAGAGACGGUGGUGGCAGAGAGGAGGGCUGAGCACUCUGAUCAGUUCAAGUCACUUUCCACCUUCAGAGGAACUCUCCUGUUUUCACUCCACACCCCCUCCAGCCAGUGAGCCAUAAUGUUGUGCAGCAGCCUCUAAAUAAAUCUGCAGCAUCGACACACAUCUGCAUCCCCUCAUAAUAAAAAAAAACAGCUGGAGGUCAGAAACAACAAGAGAAAUCGUCCUCCAUGCCAGUAGAGGGAGCCGGGAGGUCUGGAUCAUAUCAAACCAAUGGAAGUUGUUUUUCACCCCAGUUGGGACGUACUUUUUUUUGGGACAUUUUUGGCUCUGGGAACAGAAACAUCACUUCUCUUCUCUUUUCUGUCUCUUUUUCAAAGCAAAGGGGAAAACAGCUGGGAAAAGUGCAAACUCACUCUGGGAAUGCAGGUUUUUCUUGUACUGAAGAAGUCUCAACGGCAAACACUAAGAAGGAAACACAGCUAUCAACAAUGUCACAACGAAUGAAAAACAGAGAACGCAGCUGACGCAGAGCGAGCGCAUCGGCGUGCGUUUCUGUCCACGGAUUUCUCUCUCCCUCUUUCUUUCUCACAUUCCAGAUUGGGACUGUGCGCUUCUUCCUGAUUCUUUGUUCUUUCCCUCCAACGAUCCACAAUUUGUGAUUUUAUUCAAAGAAGAUGAAAUAAUUAAGAGCAUAGUGGAUUUAAAAAAGGAACUUUCUAACCGAGACCUUACACUGUUUCGUCAUAGCAAAGGCCAUAAAGAGUUCGGGAAACAGAUUUUAGCUGGAAAAAAAAGUAAUUAAAGAAAAUAGCAAAGAAGAGAAAAAGCUAAGCAACACACGAGGAUCUGGCCUUGGGAAUACGAGGAGAUUUUUGUGUGCGUGCAUGAGGGUUAGGUUUCUGAGAAUGAAGCCGUAUGUUGUAGGGGUGUUGUUCAGCCAUUACCAAGCCAUGAAGACAACAUAUACCUGCAGUAUUUGUGGCACGUGUUUGUCUCCAAAUGCUCCUCCUGUUUGCUUUUUUCAUUUUAUCUACGUAUUCUCUAUUUGCCUUGUUUUUAAGUUGCAGGUCACUUAAUUGCCUUAAUUAUCUUAAAUCGUUUAUUUUAGUGCAAAAGGUUGUUUUUUGUUGUUUUUUUUUUUACAUUAUUUCUGAUAUUUUUUAUGUAGUAACAUCAGCUGGAGCAGCAACCACAGAAAGAUUCAUUUAUAUUUUUUUAAAUAUAAUCGUUUGUAAUAUUAUUUAUAUUUCAUUUGUUUUGUAAGAUUUGUUACUUUAAUCGAGCCCCCUGGUGAUUUUUUUCUCUUGACGCUUCUCUACGAUCAAUAAUCAUAAAAGCAAUAGAUUAAGACGUAAGAAAUAGCACAAUCUGGUGUCGGUUUGACAGUUGUUUGAACAGAAGCGUGUUGACUCCAUAUGUCUGAUUUACCACAGAUGUUCUUCUCAAACACACACCGAGCAACGAGCGCCAACGUCGCUGAUGCUGUUGAGAUGCAGCAGACCACAGGAGUAUACCCCAGAAAAAGAAACGACAAGGUUUGGCACCACCCAGAACCUUUUACUCGUGGAUGUCGUUGAGCCACCGGAUCGGACUGCCGCUUUAAGCCGGAGUCUGAUCCGACAGCACUGCAGGGCAGGGCAGCAGGGAGGCACUGAGAAGCAGGACUGGACUGGUCGUCGCCACAUGUGAGGGGGGUUUGGGUCCUCCAAGAGAUGGACAUUGAUCUCUGUGAAAAUGUGUCGCAUGUGUCUUCACUCUGUCAAAUGUGAUCGACCUGAAAGCACACUUGAAACGGUGUCGUUAAAAGAAGAAGAACAAAUCUGCUCUCAUGUGACUGUUGAACCAAAAAGAAACGCUGUCGCAAAGUCGCUCGCCUUUUUACGUUCUGUUUUCUACGGUGGUGCGAGUUCAGACCUCUAACCCAAACCCCUCUUCCCUCAAAAAUCUUUUCUCAGACUGUCAGUCAUCACGGGAAUUUCUCAGGUUCAGCAUUCGCCCUGCUGUUGCUCCUGCAGUGCAUUGUGGGAAUGUGUGGUUCGGUACCCAGUGUGCAACUCCUACGUCAGGCCGAACGACGCGAGGCCUCGGGCGACACGGACGUCUGCUGUAUAUUGUCUUUGUGAACGCUCGCUGGGAAACCUUCGCAUGCUGCCCAGCGCGGAAAAACCUCAAAGUCACCUCUAUAUUGUUCUGUUCCUAAUGUUUGUACGUUGGUGUGGGUGUGUGUGUGCGCGCGCGUGUGUGUGUUACUUAACAAUCAUCGUCCAGCGUGGAAGAGGAAAAACACAAAGUCAAACCACAGCGCUUAUUGCAGGCAAAGGAGGCGACCUCUCAUCUCCAGUCGUUCUAUGCAAUGAAGUCUAUUUGGGAAAAACAGAAACAAGAGGAGGUAAAGAAACGUGAAGAAUGAUGGUAAAAGUCAGUCACUGUUUAUCACUCGUGAGUUACGAGUCAGAGGUGUGUUCACGACAGCUGCAGCGUGUGACCUGACAGUUUGUGGCUCUAGCGUAGAACGAAAUUUUCAAGGAAAUGUUGCAUAAAAUUAAAAUUGAGGACGAUCAGUUGAAUUUUUAAUUAGUUAAUGAUCUUUUUUUUUAAUGAGAACAAUCUCUUUGAUUCUUUUUAGCAAUAACCAAAGCUGCUCGCUGUUAGUAGUGUUGAAUUGGUGGUGAAACGUCGAAGCCUUCAUCCUUUACAGGUUCUGAUUACACUCUAACAAAUGAAAUGUUGAAUUUAUUUGUGUCGUGUUAGCUAGUUUAACUAAACCUAGCUUAACCGGGCCUUUCCACCGCACGUGUGAGUGUUGCUUAACGUCCACAAAACGUAGAGCGCAGUAAUUAGAUGCUGUUCUGGUCGAUGAGCGCAUUUCCACCAGGAAUUGUACCCAGAAGCGUAGGGACUCGUCGCUCUGCUAAAUUUACACUUCGUGUCUAGUCUUUACACGCUACGCUUCCAGAACACGUCAAGCUCAGCAGCAAGUCAAACACAAAAGCAGUGGAUAACGUGCAGACACUUUCAAAAUAAAAGAAUUGUGGAAAUUUCCAGUUGCUUAAAGAGGGACUGCACACCAUCAGAAAAUGUAACUCCACCCCUAGUCAAGAUUUGAAAAAUGCCAUGAAAGUGGGCGUUGCCAGGAGGCACAGAGCGGCAUGGCCAAGUGUGGGGAAUUUCCGUCCUGGGAGGGAGGGGGAGUGGGAGGAGACUGUACCGAUGACGUGAAUUGUUCCAGCCCCAGUCAAUCACAAGUUUAACAUGCAGUAGUUGCUGUUCUGCCGCAGGGGGCAGCACUACGACAUUUUUAGACCUAGAUUCUAGAUUUAAUCAAGUUUACACAAACAUGUCAAAAAAUACACAGAAACAGAAAGAUUGCAUUUACAAAGACCCAAAUAUAUGGUUAAUUAGCAAAAAAAAUGAAGUUAUUUUGGGGUUUAGUUACUCUAACUAGCAAAAAAAGUAUGUUGUCACCUGUGAAGCCUCAGUAGCCAAAGAGAACAGAACAGAAAAUAAACCACAGACCUUUAUGGAUACAUGCUGCCAUCUUUCUCUUUGCUUGUUAUCUGCCAGAAUCAAGCAUAGUGUUGCAAUUUUCCCGUCAUUCGUGACCUUGCAGGACCACCAGCGUCGACUCUUUUGCUGCCAUUUUGUGUCUGAAACGCUCCCAGUGGGAUGGGAGCUCAUGGGUAAAACGUAUUUUUUAUGUUACGUGCUGCCUUUACAUUCCAGUGGAAAGCCGGGGUUAAAGUAAAGAAUAAUUUACAUUUACUUUUAGCAUAACAUAUAUUAACUUAUACUUGUUACAUUUAAGAAACUCGGUUUAGUUGAACCAGUUGACAUAACUUGAUUAAGUAAAUUCAACAUUUCAUUUUUUACAGUGUAGUUUAACAUGUCUGAAGUGAGGAUGCAAAAACCAUGCCCAGAUUUUUUUUUUCCUUUUCAAAAACAUAAAUCUACCGUAGUUUGUGGCUGCUCAGGGGUUGAAGAAUAUUUUUAAGUUAUCUUUUCUAAUGAAGAGAAUAUAUUAUAAGUAGCUCUUACUGGGCAAGGAAUGUUUCUGCAGGGAAUGUUGAAGGAAUCCUUAAGACACGGAUUAGACUUCACCAAACAAACUACUGGAGCUCUAUUCAAAGUGUUGCAACAAUGAAUUUAUCUGUGCAAUAGUGAGUUUGGAGCUGGUGUGUAGUUUUAGCUUCAUUAAAGAUUCAAGAUUUAUUAGCAACGUGCAAAAUUCUGAGUCAUUCAUGGACACAAAUUUAUGAUCCAUCUGAUCUGAAUGAGCAGCAGAAGCAGUCGAAUAAAUCAUUUAAAACCAUAUUACAUAUAUUCAGAUUUUAAAAGAAAUGUUUACAUAAAAAUAUCCCUAAAAUGUCUUUAAAACUCUGAUUUCAGCUUCACAAGUCCCUUAGCUGUUUAUUAUAUUUAUAUAAAUUUAUAUUUUUUAGAAACAUUUAUGGAAUAAUUCAUCUAAAUAAAUCUUUAUUUUAUCAUACUGAGAGCAGAUAGAAAGGUAAAUGGUAUUAAAGAGAAACAAGCACCGAUUUAUGAUUAGAAUCUAUUAAAAAUACUUUAUGAUGAGAAAAUGUACUUAUGAAUGACGCUAACAUUAUUUAUUACACAACCAAAAUAAUCAGACUGUUAAAAAUCUGAAAGAUAAAAACUCAGUUAAGACAAAGAGUUUAUUGAACAUGUUGCAAUUUCUACUUGUUUCCUGUUGUUUUUGUUUAGAAAGAAAGAAACUUAAAUAAUAUCAGUUGAAUUCAACCUCAGGAUUAAUAAUCUGAUUAUUCUGGUUCUGUCUGGAGCUGUCGACUUGCACGUCGAGUCCAGGAAACCCAAAAACCCACUGCCACUAGAUUAGAGACGUCCAAGAAAACAAAACAAAAACCUCGUGUGCAAGAGUUGACCCGAAUCAACACCGACUCCCUCGUAUCGUCGUACGUGUUUGUUGAAAACGAAUAAAAACUUCAAUAAAAACGACCCACAAUCACUUUUGCCUCAGGAAAGCACACACUAAAUGCAGCGCGGAGACGAGGAGACACUAGAUGAUGAAUGUGUUCAUGCAGGAAAUCAGACUUUGAAGGCUUCGCGGCACAGAAGGCUGCUGUUAACCAGAGAGAAUCAGUAAUAAGGGAAUGGCACAGCCACAAGCACACAGUCAACUAGAACCGUGCCGAAACGACGUCACGCCACUUUAUUUGCUGGAUUUCUGCCUUUUGUUGUUGUUUACUCCUGCAUGAAUACAGCCACUGAAGGUGACUUAAAUAUGCAUCGCAGUAAGGGCUUUUAUACUACAAUACCGGUCACCGAAGAAAGCCAUCCUGUUACUGCCCUCUAGUCAGUCAUGGUCUCUUGUCUGUACACUGCAUGGUGUCUUUUUUUUAUACCCCGACGGACUUACACUCAGACCACAGAAAUCACCGUCGGGAUUCCACAGCCUGGGUUUCCAGAAGUGUUUAAAGAAAAGGACCGACUAAUAAUGUGAUAUGCUCUAAAAGAGUGCACCAAAUCAGCAAAUUCUAGUUUUUCUCAAAGUUUGAAGCUCUAGGUUUUGCUUUCCACUUGAACAAAAUUUGUUUUCACUCAGAACCUGGGCAGAUUUACUGAUAAUGAGCUGAGAAAUGUAGCUCCAUGGCGUUUUACACAAAGGAUCAAACUUUACGGGUGGGGGGUUAAAGUGCAGCUUGUAAUACUUUGGGGAAAUCCAGGCUGUUUGUAGGUUGGUUAAACCAAAACGUAGCAUGAAAUGCUCGGAGGGCAAACAGUGGUCCCCUCUGCUGCUGCUGUUGGUCUUAAAGGUCGUCAGUGUGCAACAGGACCCGAGAAAGGUUUUAGAACAAAUGAAUAUACAUAUUUAAAUAUAUGAUCUAUAUAAAUAAAUGUUUCCUAUGGAUGAGAGGUUGUAAGUGAAGAAGAAUGCUGAAAAAUGUGCAUUUUUCACCAUCAAAGAACAAUUUUUUUCUUUCACCAGUGAUGAAUCAUCUAAGAAAAAUGACAAAUGCAUGACCUGAACACCCUUCCCCUUUUCCUCCUCAACCAUUACCACCCCAACCUCCAACCCGCCCUCCCUCUUCGACCUUUGACCUUCAAAAAUCCCCGUUCCAGUGUAAAUACCAGAUACGAAGCGAGUCUGCGUCCAACAGACAAAAUGUAAAUGCCAUGAAGGGCACGUCCUGUACAACAUGUAUAUCUCAAACACACACACUUAAAUAAAUACAUGGACACACACACGUACACAAGAGGCACGAGAGGCCUUCGCACCGCAAACAGCGAUCCCUGCUGCCACUACUUGUGUUUUCUGUGUCCGAAAAGGAUGAAAACGAAUCAACAAGAACCGUAAUAAUUGACAAAAUUGCAUCGUGUGUGUACGUGGCUGGCUUGUGCGGACUAAUUAAAAAAAGCUCAUUAAAAAAACAUUGUAUUUGGAUAUGGAAAUAAAAAAUAUUGGUCUGUGUAGAGUUUCUAUACAUGUUGUGUUGUUUAAACCAGAUUACAUCAAAAAUAAACAAAACAGGAAAAAAAAGAAUAUAUUCCGGCUUCCAAGUCAUUUUCAGGUUGUUUUAUGGAGAUGGAGAGAGGGAAUUAAACAAUGAAAUAAAAUAAGCCAACUGAGCGAAGAAAAAACCCAGAAAAAAGGGGUUGUCUAAAAAUGACAACAAAGUGUUCCAUUCACUGUUGUAAGUGCAAUGAUCUAAACUUCCUGUUUCCCUGUUGUAAAACCUUGUGUAUGUUUCCGUGUAUUCCUCCUGUAAAUGGGUGUAGUAGACCUGGUGCAUCAUGCCAUGUAAUGUGAUGAAUGACAAAUUAUGACCUUACAUUUCAAUCAGGAAAUUAAAUAAAAGAGAAAUACAUAAAAACAAAA